UUCGUACUAAAACGACGCGUCGGAACAUAUGGAAACGUAUAAUCGGAAUUAUCUUCUUCAUAAUUUUGUAUUAGGGGCAAUUUCGAGUUUCUUCAUCCGGAAUUAGUCCUCCGCCGUUGGUCGAUCUUUCGAUCCCCCACUGUUCGAUUUUCUUCAUUUCUCUCUUCCAAUUCGAAUUCUUAAUUAUUCCAAAAUGUUUCCCAAUCGGCUCUGAAAUCGCAACUUCGAUCAUAUUCGCAGCUGGUUUCUGAUUCCGAUUUCGCAUUCCCUUCGUCAUUUCUCAUCCUUUCCCUUUGCGAGAUCAGAAUCAGGAGCAGAAAUGUCUUGGAAUGUCUUCAAAUUCUGCUCGGCACUGCGUGCUUUGGGUUCCAUCAUGAUUCUCUUAGUUCUAGGUAUAAUUGGUCUCUCCUAUUACGCUUUGGUCGUCGUCAACUAUGGUCCGGCUCUCUUUCGCGGAGGCCUCAAUUCGCUUACCGCUCUCCUAGUCUUGCUCUUGUUUCAUUCUUUGCUGGUGAUGCUAUUAUGGAGCUACUUUUCGGUUGUACUAACAAAUCCGGGAUUUGUUCCCCCUUAUUGGAGACCUGAAUCGGAUGAAGAGAAAGGUGAUGCUGAUCCCUUAAUGGCAUCAGAAUACAAUGGUCCUGGUGCAGGGCCAGAACAAGGUACUAUGCCAAGUGAUUCUUCAAAUCAAAAAGUACGAUUUUGUCGCAAGUGCAACCAGUUUAAACCACCUCGUUGCCAUCAUUGUUCUGUUUGUGGAAGGUGUGUAUUGAAAAUGGACCAUCAUUGUGUAUGGGUUGUCAAUUGUGUCGGAGCGAAGAACUACAAGUACUUCCUGCUUUUUUUGUUUUACACAUUUCUUGAAACAACCCUCGUCACUGUGUCAUUAUUGCCAUACUUCUUAGCCUUUUUCUCUGAUGGUGAUAUAACGGGAACACCUGGUAGCCUUGCAGCCAUAUUUAUCACAUUUAUUUUAAAUUUAACAUUUGCAUUGAGUGUUAUGGGUUUUCUGAUAUUGCACGUAUCACUAGUAGUAGCCAAUACUACCACGAUAGAGGCAUAUGAGAAGAAAACCACUCCGAAAUGGCAUUAUGACCUCGGUCGCAGAAAAAAUUUUGAGCAGGUGUUCGGAAUGGAUAAAAAGUACUGGUUUAUCCCUGCAUAUUCUCAAGAGGACAUAAAGCGGAUGCCUAAUCUCCAAGGCCUCGAGUAUCCAAUGCGGUCAGACUUGAAUCUACUUCAGGAAUUGUAAAAUCAAUCUCAGAGUUAAAAUGUGCAAGCUCCCCAUUGUCUGGUACAUAGAGAAGAAUUAAGUGAUUGCAUCAAGGGGAGAGAGAGAGAGAGAGAGCCUGUGGCCGAAAGAUUUCACCUUGUGAUCCUUAAAUUGAAUGAAAGGCCAGUUAAAUUCAAAAUUCCUGACAAUAGAAAAAAAAAUCAUAAAGAAUAGCUUUCUCAGGUGUUGCGCUGUAUAAUAAUAGUUUGAAAACGCCAUUUUUCUGCUUAGCGAUGCACAAAUUAUAGUGUUCUCUGCCCAGUUUUAGCUCGAUGUCACCUUUUUAUUAUGUAUAUUUGUUAUUCGUAUGUAACCCCACCUUAGUUUUGAGAUUAUACCCCAAACCCCCCAUUAUUGGAACUCUUUGCUCUGCCUCUUCUAUCUAAAUUUCCAAGCUUGUUUUAACGGCA